GUUGACACUGACGAAUUACGAAUGUGAUUUGAAUAACACAAUGUGUUUUGUAAAAUAACAAUACUAGUAAAUAAGUAUUAAUAUUACUGUAGUUAUUAACUAAGUGUUAAGCAUAUAUGUUACAAAAUGCUUAACAUAAAGUAUUAUGGUAGUAGUUCUGAAGACGAUGGAGAAGACAAUUCAGAAAGUAGUAAACAAUACAGCAAUGAAGAGUUGUUGACACAUUUAAAACCUGUAGAUCCAAAGUUAUCAUUGGCAAAGAAGAUGCAAAUAUGCGCUGCACCAAUCGUGACUCCUACGAACAAUGAUGACACUAGAGUAUUAAUCAAAGACAAUCAAGAACUAAUGCACAAUCCAAAGUAUGAGGAACUAUUUGCACCAUCCUUUGGUCCGGACAAUCCAUUCCAAACUCAGCAGAUGAAGGCGAAUAGGAAUAUGUUAUCAGGAUUUGUUGAAAAGGCGCACAUAAGUGAAUUUCAGUUUGAAAAUCAAAGACGGACAUUUACAAGUUACGGUUAUGCUGUGGAUCCAUCUACUGAUGGUGAAACUGGUACCGCAGAUGCUAUAGUAGUUUCAGCGAUGGUGGCGGCACCUGUGGAAGCGGAAGGUAAAACUGUAUUUGAGACAAUAAAGAAAAGGCCUUUAGACAAUCGGAAAAGAAACAAAAAUGACGAUCCCAACGAUGUUAACGGUUUUCUUGGACCCUGGGGAGGAUAUGUUGAUGAAAAGAGGGUGAUGAAGCCAGAAGGUGACGAGGCAAAAGAAUUGGAGGAGAUAUUGGCAAAGAGACAGAAGAAGGGCAAAGUGGAUGAUGACAAACCAUUGGAAGAGAAAUCUAUAUUCCAUUUGGACCAAGCGACUGACUAUCAAGGUCGGUCAUGGCUGGAAGCUCCUCGCAGUGAGACGCAGCUGCGCAGUGACACCCCACCUGAUAAAUGCUUCCUGCCUAAGGCGCACAUCCACACGUGGCGCGGGCACACGAAGGGCGUGGCGGCGGCGCGCUGGCUGCCCGCCACCGCGCACCUCCUGCUGUCCGCCGGCAUGGACUGCAGGGUCAAGAUCUGGGAGGUGUACGGGGAGCGGCGCUGCGUGCGCACGUACUUCGGCCACCGCCAGGCCGUGCGCGACGUCAACUUCAACAACGCUGGAGACAAAUUCCUUUCUGCAGCGUACGACCGCUACAUCAAGCUGUGGGACACGGAGGCGGGCGCGUGCGUGUCGCGCUUCACGUCGCGCAAGGUGCCCUACUGCGCCAAGUUCCACCCCGACCCCGACAAGCAGCACCUCUUCGUCGCAGGCACCUCCGACAAGAAGAUCGUCUGCUGGGACAUCCGCAGCGGCGAGGUGGUGCAGGAGUACGACCGGCACCUCGGCGCAGUCAACACCAUCACCUUCGUGGAUGAGAACAGGCGGUUUGUCACCACCUCGGAUGAUAAGAGUCUCAGGGUUUGGGAAUGGGACAUCCCGGUGGACAUGAAGUACAUAGCGGACCCGUCCAUGCACUCGCUGCCAGCGGUCACCGCCUCGCCCAACGGCAAGUGGCUGGCCUGCCAGUCCAUGGACAACAAGGUCAUCGUCUUCAGCGCCCUCAACCGCUUCAAGAUGAACAGGAAGAAGACCUUCAGCGGACACAUGGUCGCGGGCUACGCCUGCGCGAUCGACUUCUCCCCCGACAUGAGCUACCUGGUGUCCGGCGACGCGGACGGCAAGUGCUACGUGUGGGACUGGAAGACAACCAAGCUGUACAAGAAGUGGAAGGCGCACGACGGCGUUUGCAUCGCCGCGCUGUGGCACCCGCACGAGCCCAGCAAGCUGCUCACCGCCGGAUGGGACGGACUCAUCAAAUAUUGGGACUAAAUAAAACAUUGCAUAAGUACAACA